AUCGCCUCUUUCCAAGUUUCCCUCCUCCUCCUCCUCCUCCCUCUGAGGGGUUAUAAACGUCCUAAGAAUGGCUAUCUUUACACAGUUCUCUAUGUGACAAGCUCAAGUCGAGGUGAGGGGGCCAUUCUGUUGCAUGCCUUCCUUUUGGCAAGUGACCAGCCCGAGCUUUUUUGGGUUACCUGGAUCAAUCGAGGAAGACGGAGGCGAUGGGGAAGAAACCGAAGGACAGACUAAUGAAGGAUGUCACAGGGACCCUGUUUUUAGCCGUCUUCUCUGCAGUCCUUGGCUUUUUCCAAUAUGGGUACUGCAUUGGAGUCAUCAAUGCUCCACAACAGAUCAUCAUGCUCCACUAUGGUAAAGUGCUGAAUAUUGCAUCGUCUGGAAACGGGACAGAUGACAUCCUUAAAAACCCCACCGUCAUGAUGCUCUGGUCCACCUCUGUUUCUGUAUUUGCUGUGGGUGGGAUGAUUUCCUCCUUCACUGUUGGCUGGAUUGGUGAAAAGAUGCCAAGAGUUAGAGCGAUGCUGCUGGUAAACAUUUUUGCCAUCUCUGGGAAUCUCUUUUUGGCCAUUGCGAAAUUUGGCCCCUCCCACAUUUUCAUCAUCAUUGGAAGAGUACUGACUGGGCUGCAUGGUGGGCUCUCCUCUGGACUUGUUCCACUGUAUGUUGGAGAGAUUGCCCCUGUCGCUCUUCGGGGGGCUCUGGGAUCAAUGAACCAGCUUGCUGUCGUUAUCGGCAUCCUCAUCAGCCAGGUUCUUGGCCUGGAUGUCUUGCUAGGAAAAGAUUCCACCUGGCCAUUGCUCCUGGCUCUCUCUGGCAUUGCUGCCGUACUCCAGAUUUUCUUGCUCUUUGGUUGCCCAGAGAGCCCUCGGUACUUGUACAUUAAAGCUUCAAAACAAGAGGAAGCCAAAAAAAGCUUGCAACGGCUGAGAGGAGAAAACUACUGCCCUGACAGAGAGCUUGAGGAGAUGGAGAAAGAGAAGGAAGAAGCCUCCAAAGAGAAGCCUGUCUCCAUUUGGCAGCUCAUCACCUCCCCUCUCUACAGGCAGCCAUUCCUGGUGGCCAUCGGGGUCCAUAUCGCCCAGCAGUUUUCGGGAAUUAAUGCUAUUUUCUACUACUCCACCGAUAUUUUUAACACCGCCCGCGUCAGCCAGCCUGUUUACGCGACCAUAGGCGUGGGAUUUGUGAACACCGUCUUCACUGUUGUCGCCGUUUUCCUGGUGGAGAAAGCAGGGAGGCGUUCGCUCUUCAUAGCUGGCCUCGCUGGCAUGAUGGUGUGCGCAACAACCAUGACUAUUGGGCUUGUCCUGCAGCCCAAAAUCGAAUGGAUGAGCUACAUCAGCCUGCUUUCCGUCUUCCUCUUUGUCAGUUUCUUUGAGAUCGGGCCAGGACCAAUUCCCUGGUUUAUUGUGGCCGAGCUAUUCAGCCAAGGCCCCCGCCCAGCUGCCGUCGCAAUGGCCGGCUUCAGCAACUGGUUCACUAACUUCUGCAUCGGAAUGUUCUUCCCAUAUGUCGCUAACAUCUGCGGACCAUAUGUGUUUCUGAUCUUUGCUGGCCUGCUCGUCCUCUUCAUUGUGUUUGUUUAUUACAAAGUGCCAGAAACCAAAGGAAAGUCCUUUGAGGAAAUUGCAGAAGAGUUCCGUCGCCGAGGCAAAAGCGGGGGCCAAGGGCCCAGAACAGCCACCGAAAUGGAGCGUCUGGGAGGCACCUCCGAGGCAUAGUGCCUAUCCCUGCAAGAAGGAAGAAUGGAAAGAACAUGCUGCCGGGAUACAUUCUGGAGGAAGCAUUUAUUUAAAACGUAAAAAAAAAAUGGGAAGUGAUCUUGAUAGGUUGAGUCUGUUCUGUGGCUUUGGCUGGAUGUCAUUUGCAGAGCUGUGUCUGUUUCUCCCACUACUUCAGGAGUUCGUCUAAUGCAGAGUUGCAAAGUCUCAAAAGCUGUUGUGCAAAAGAGGCGGAGGAGGUAGCUAGGCAGGGAUCUGUGCCCCAGUCAAUUUGUUAUGUGGUUGGUGCUGGGUUGCCCCGGAGAACCAGGAAGUAAAGAUGGUGGAGGAACUCAAUUCAUUUCUCACGUAAAAGCGAAUUUUCCCAAUUCACACUUUGCAAAACAAAGUGCAAUCUGAAACUCAAAAUUCACUCGUCACCGAAUUUUGCAAUGCAGUUCUUCAGCCGAGUAACGUGUACCAAAAAUGCACCUAACUAGGGUAAAAUGUGUGUAGAGAUGUAAAUAUUGGUGAAAUUUACACUGAAAAUGCAUGGCUUGGCAGGGGGAAUUGCUUUGCAAAAAUGCGGGAUUAGGCAAAAUGGCAUACAAA